ACAAUUGCAUAACCUCAUGAUCAGUUGCCACAACCAACAUAGCAUCAACAUUGCCAAAUAUACCUCAGCUCAUCAAGUGCACCAUCAUAGCAAGAUUUUCUGGAACAGUGAUAAGCAAAAAUUCGAUAAAACCUUCUGGCAUAUUUGCUUUGGCAACCUCGCACCAACUGACUGGUUUGGAACGUUCUGGAAACGAGGCAACAUUUUGCAUCGACUUGCAGCAGCUACUACAAAGAAUUGUUCUAGACUCCGAACACGAGGCAUUUCUCCGACCACUACAAAUCAAUUCUGCAAAGCCGACUGCCUGUGUUCUCUGUGAAUAAUACCGCAAAC